UUUCUUCUUUGAAUUUCAAGAUCAAUUUUUUUUCACACACACUUUAACUAACGACAAAAUUCAACACCCGAAAUAAUAACAACAACAACGGAACGUUUCAAAAUAAAACAAAUAAUUAUGCAUAAUAUUUUUAAAGAAUUUAUUGCCGAAGUAAUCGGUACAGCUAUACUAAUGCUAUUAGGUAUAAGCGGUUGUGCAUGUACAGUACUAACAAAAUCACCAAUGAAUCUUGCAUGUGGUUUUGGUUAUGCAUUUGGUGUUGUUAUUGCAUCAGUUUUUGCUGGUCCUAUAUCCGGCGCCCAUAUUAAUCCAGCAAUUACAGUUGCAUUUACAUUAAUCGGAAAAUUUCAAUGGCGUAAAGUACCAAUAUAUUUAUUAGCACAAUAUUUAGGAUCAUUUAUUGGUUCAACAAUAGCAUAUUCAUUAUAUUUUGAAGCAAUGAAUACAUUUGAUAUGGAAAAUUUUUUUGAUAAAAAUUUAACAUUAAAUAAUCAACAACAACCAUCAAUGAAAAUGGCUAGUAUAUUUAUUACAACGCCAGCUGAACAUUUAACAUUAUUACCGGCAAUGUGGGAUCAAAUUGUAAGCACCGGAUUAUUAGUAUAUGCUAUAUUAUUUAUUGGCGAUGAAAUGAAUACACCAAAAUUAUUACAAACAUUUACAACUGGUUUCAUUAUAUUUACAUUUAUUAUUGGUUUUAAUUUUAAUUGUGGUGCUAUAUUAAAUCCAGCUCGAGAUCUGGCACCACGAAUACUUUUAGCAUUUUUUGGCUAUAAUGGCAGAGUUUUUGCACAUUUAAAUUAUAAUUUUUGGUGGGCAGUCGGUAUUGUUGGACCACAUUUAGGUGCAAUAAUCGGUGCAAUUUCAUAUUAUUAUUCAUCCAAAAUGAGACAAUCAUUUAUUGAUGAUGAAAAUAUGUUUCAAUUGAAUCAGGUAAUUCAAACAAAAAGCAUUACAUCAAAUGCUGCUUCACCAGAUAAUAUUGAUCAUCAUAAUAGUAGUAAUCAUCAUCGCCAUCAACAACAACAACAUCCAUCACCAUUGGUAACAAAUCUACAGAUGUAUCAAGGAAAAGUAAAUACUGAAUUUCAACAUUAAUCAAUGGAGAUUAUUGUUUGUUUGUUUUUGUUUCGGGAUCGAAUAUAAAUCAGUAUUUUUGUAAUUUGGAUGAUAUGAAUGUGGUGGACAACAAAAUUUUUG